ACAUUUGACAUCUGGGUGUAGAUAGAAAAUUAAAAUAAUUAGCAAUUUUCCACUUAAUAACGAUUUAAAUUCCAAAACGUUUUCAUAAUGUAUUUAUUCAAAGACAGUAUAUCUGUAAAGUGAUCGGAAUGCGCGGUUUUUUGUGUUUAGAUUGUCUGCAACCGUCGUCCAAUCAAUGGGGGCACCGUGAAGAAUUUUCAUUGACGAUGACACUUGAUGCAAAUUUUAGAAAUUACGCCUUCACCUCUUGAUUGAGGUCAAGCGUGCGCAAAUGAAUCGCCCAACUUCCGGGAAUAAAGUCCACAGGAGGGCCGAAUCGGGUGGACAUCAUCGUCAAAGCUCCUCCGGUUCCGGCCAUCACAGAUCCGAUUCGGCUCAAAGCUGCGACCUGGACAUUCAGCACGAAACGAAACAUCACCGCUCACGAUCGGGACCUUACGAGAAGAACGAGUUGCGGCACGAUUCCAGCGGAUCUCAACUGACGUCAAGAUCGAGCAUGAACGAGACACCCUACCCUCGUCCGACGUCGUUAUUUCCUACAAGUGGUGAUAGCAAUGACUCGUUACGUCUCGAGCGGGAGCCGUUAAAGUUCGAAGUUAAUUUGGUCGGUGCGCCGCCUGAAGUCGAGCAGCUUGUGAAUAACAUCAAACAGGUUGCGGAGCAGUUCUUGUAUCAUUGGAAGAUGUUCCCUAUCGUGCUUCCCGCGCCGAUUUUCCAAAAAGAUCUGCUCCCUCCCCCUCAGCAAAUCGCCUCGGAUGGUUCUUUAGGGAGGUAUAAGAUUAAGUACCACCUUAGGGAAUUAUACCUGCGAGAUCUUUUCGUGGCGCCGUCGUUUGACGAGCUCGACGCGGUCGCCGUCGAUUCCAAGGGUGAACCGAGGAAAUUAACCGGAAAGCAACUGGAAUCAAUUCGAGAGAGGGGCUUGCACAAGGAUAAGUAUGGAAAGCCUAAACGUUUGAACUCCCAACAACUUGACUCAAUCAGGCACUUAGGUCAAUUCGAAGUUGAGUCGCUUAAUUUUCCUGGCCAGCAACACUGUUGGAGAUCAUGA